CCACCUCUGAAACGAUCAUAGCUUUGUUCCAGAAGAUGAACAUUAACAUUAGUUAAUGUUUGAAGGAAUGCUCUCCCAACAUGGUCGUUGAACUGUGAUAUUGAAUUUCGAAAGUCACGCAGUAGCUUGUGCCGCUUGAAACGUAUCGAUGUGUCAUGUCAGCAAUCUCUGAGAAAAGUCCCAGGAAAGCAAAGUAAUUGUAACCAGACAGACAUCUCCAAAGGCAUUGGAGCAGUAAAUAGAUGGCAGAUGUUUGCUGUUGUACCGUGAAUUCUCGUGCAUCCUCAGCAGCUCGGAACUGACUGCAGAGUCUGUGUUGUUCUCGUUCGAUUUCCCCCUCCUGUUGCUUCCUUCAUUUGGGUGAGCAGUGGCAAAAAAGUUCGAUUAUUGUCGGAGAUCCGGGUGGUCAUUUUUUUGGUUGUCAUCUACAGACGUCAUUCGAAGCAACAAGACACUUGCGUUAUAACCACGUUCUGGUUCUUGUUUAGUUAUAAUGGCCAGAAUUUAGAGUUUUGUCUUUAUAUAUUUUUCCUGAAAUCUACAAUAGACGAGAUGAGGAAAAUUGACAAUAGAUUAAACAUCGACUCGGAUGUUCGAGAAUUGAAGCUGGGAUCGACAUUUACCAGUCCCUCUCCAAGAACCGUACUGCACACAUUAAAAUACGACUUUAAACCGGCUAGCGUAGAUGUGAGCAAACCAGCAACCCUCGAAGUCAGUGCCAACAAGCAGGUCACCGUAACCGUGCCGCAUCUUGAUGGUUCCGGAGUACCAAAUACUGUAUUUAAGGGUAAUCAGCGAGACUACACCAGGAAAGAGUGUGUCAUUAUCAUCGACCGGGUAACGGGCGAAAUAACUCUUGAGAAGCUUAACAGUAAUGUCCAAGUGAAGAAAACUAGGGCCGAAAGCAAAGCUGUCCAGCCACCACCACCGCCACCUCAACUAAAAGUUGAAAAUUCAACGGCGCGGCUUAGUUCGAAAACCAAGAUUACGACCGGUUCUCGGAAAAAUAACCCAAUUAGCUUCGUGCCAAAACAUUCGCCAUUACAGAACUCGCCUUCCUACCAUCCAAACAAGAGUCCUUUGGCUGCUCCUGUCUGGAAUGCAAACAACACUCAACAGACCUUGCCAAGUAUCCCGAUCAUCGGUCUGGAUGAUGGAAGCGACUUUAUGUCAGUGCCUUCGUCGUCUUUGCCCCCGUCUCAAUCUCAAGCACAGAUGCAAAGGCACGAACAGCAGCAAAUGCACCACGUUGGCAACACUCAUAACACCAGCGGAGGAAGUAGCAGCAGCAGUGGUUCAAUUGGCGGAACUAUGAGUAAUAGGGAGGUUAAUCAUCAUACCGGUAGCGGCAGUACCAGCAGCAGUAACAGUAAUAAUCAGAACAGUCACCAGAACAGCGUCAGCAAUCACGGAGGAAGCUCCCAUGGUGGAUCCAUGGUGGGACUUGGUAACAAUAGCAUUAAUCACCACAACCCGUACAACAAUCACCACGGGGACACAAAUGUAGAAGUUAGUCUACCGUCGAGGUCACAUGCCUCACCGCCUCGGAAUAAUGAAUUUUCUACUGGUUUGCUCAGCUCUUCGAGCUCCGAUUCAAGUGGUUCUAGCGAUAGUGACAGUGGGUCCGAGUCGGACAGUACUACUGAGGAUAACAAUGAUUCUACGGUUAAAGGCUUGUUUUUCGAUCUAGGUUCAACGCGACCGGAGCCGACCAACAAUGCUCGUUCGCUUCCUACACAUCUGCUGACGGAGGACCUGUGCCUAUCGGAAUCCAACUCAGAUUCGGAUUAGAAAGGGUUUGAUGUGAUCCGUAAGCGCAGCAGCAAACUGCACAGAUAUAUCACAGGUCAUCCUGGAACUAUUUUUGUAGGGGCACUAUUUAUAUUGAAGAUGAAAAUAUACCAAUAUAUCGCAAAGCAAAAAGGAAAGUCAAGAUGCUACAGAAAAGCAGCGAUUGUCAGUUGGUGUCACGUCACGUGUCUAAGACUGCAGGAAGUAUGUAGUAAACGGUUUUAUCCACCCUAGUUUUGUAUGAUAAGGCGCUGCCAAAUAAAGCAUAACAAAAAAAAUGAGACAGCACGUUCAGAGGCAGACGGUGUUUCUAUUUCCUUUUUGCGAAUUUUUUCUCAAUCUGUCGGGAGAGGAAUCGUUUCAUUUAUAUGUUAUUUUAUUUUAGUUUUUAUUUUACAAUCGGUUUUUUUGUCUAUUAGUUCAGAUACGUUUCUGCGUUAUUUACGACUAGUUUUCAUUUGUAUACUAAUUGUUAGAAACAAACACCUCAAUCAAGUUCAUAAAUUGUUUAAUUCUUCUCAACGUCGAGGCAGGGUAAUAGUUUGUUUUCUCGGAGAAGUGCUUAAUUCUUGCGUCUCAGACAAUUGCAUUGCUGAAACUGCAGUAGCACAGUAAAUGACAACUUGUGCUCAAGACACUAAGGAAAAAGACAGAAUAUUUAUAUUUUCACGUCGUUUGUGUGAGCAGAAAGGGCUAUUAGCGAAUGUGUAAAUGAAAAUGAUGUUGUCUAUGCUAAAUUAAUUACUUACCAUAAUUAUUAAUGAAAAUUACCAUAAACCAGUAAAUAAAAAUAUGUUAGUUGAUUUGAA